AUGCGACUGAAGGAGCAGGCAGCGGGACCCGGGACCCACGAGGCGAAACGGCUGGGGGUGAGGGAGCUGCGUGUAGAGCUGGAGGCCAAGGAGUCUCAGAACCAAGAGCUCAUGGCCAUUGCUGAGCACGUGCGCGCACAGGAAGAUGCCCGAAAGCAUGCUGAGGAGAAGUUGAAGAUGGCCCAACAAGCUGCCCAAGCGGAUGCCGCGGAGAAGGACCGCCGUUACGCAGAGCUUUUCCACAUGGUGUGCCAGGUGGACCGGGAAGUGGCGGCGCGCCGCACGGCUGAACAGCGCUUGGAGGUCACAUCGGCUUCAGCCCGGCAGGCAGUGGCCAAGGCCACCGAAGAGGCCCUUCGGUCCGAAGCCAAGGCCAACGAGGCUGAGGAGCGAGCCCAAGUGGCCGAGCCUUCAUCGCUUCAUCGACAACACAGGCACGCUUGA